AUGGCAAUAGAAUCACCGAAGCCAGUCGAUAAUAUGAACAACAAUACCACUAAAUAUAUAAACUAUUGUAAAAAAGGGAAGACAACUUCCCCACAAACUGAAAAUAAUCAAUCACCUAAUAAUAAUAAUCAAGAAAAACCUCAACGAACAAGUACUUUUGAUGUUUAUGUUACUACUACUUGUUUUCAUAUUGCCACUUUAUUGGCUAAUUUAUUUAAGAAAUGUCAAGUAGAAAAGGUUUUCGUGUUAUAUGGAACUUGGGUUAUAUGGUCAGGGUGGGCAAUGUGUUUAUGGUUAAUAAAUCCUGAUCCUUUAUCACCAAGAACCUUAACAACAGGUAGUACGAGAGGAUUUUAUUAUAUAAAUGGAAAUGGUACAAUAGUUUUAUACGAUUUUGAGGCUUUUAUUCAACCAAUGGAUGUAUCACCUUUUUUAAUGCACGGAAAAUGGACAUCCACAACUUUACCAAUACUUUCUUUCUUUCUUCUUCUUGCAAUUCGCAGAAAUCAUUGGGGAUUAUUAACUUGGGAACAUUUAGUUGUAUUAGAAUCCACCAAUUCAUUAAAGUAUUAUCGUACUUGGUGUAUUGCGGGUGCAGGAGCUGGUUGGAUACUUUUAUGGGAAGCCAUUAAAUUCUGGUGUCAUGUUCCAUUUGCCUAUACCAGUUCAACUGAUGAAAAUAUUAUUUUUUAUCGAACUGACAUUACAAGAUUCCCUGGAUUAUUAAACAUUCUCUUGGUUUGUUUCGUAUCUGGAUUAUUUAUGCUUUGUUGGUGGAGUUUCUGGACAUUCCAAUAUAAAGGAGUUGUUUGGAAAAAAGAAUUAAAAGAAGGCGUGGUAGUUUGGUCUUCUAAUGGAUUAAUCCAAGUUGGAGCUUAUCAUUUAUAUCAAGCCGAAGAAUCAUUAAAGACUUUAAAACAGGUUGUUAGCGAACCAGGAUGGAAAAAAAUUUUAACACAUAAAAGUGGUGUGGUUGUUUCUAGUAAACUUGGAUUUAAUAAUCUAAAGAUUCCAUUGUUUAUGGGAGAACAUAUAAUUAAUGGAUUUACUCCACAAGCUAUCUUUAGUGUUAUUGGAAUGAGAAAACUUUGGGAUGAAUGGUAUGAAGAAGGUAAUCUCGUAGAAAAUUUAAGUGAUACAACAAGUUGCACAUAUAUGGUUAUGAAAGGAAUGACCGUUAGAGAUUUGUCUCUGGUUGAAAAAAUUGAAUGUACUCCAACUGGUACAAUCUCUUUUAUUGCAACUUCGGUAGACAAUCCUAAAGUUCCUUGUAUUAAUGGAAGGAUUCGUGCAGAAAUUAAACUUCAUGGUUGGAUUCUUGAACCAAUUAGUUUUUCUCCACCAAAAACAAAAGUUUCAUACGUUUUACAAGCUCAAGUUAAUGGAUGGAUACCUGCAGUAUUCGUUAAGAAAUAUAUGGCAAGAAGACCUGUGAUUAUUCAUACUAUUGAAUCAUAUUUACAAAAGAAUGGUCCACCACCAAUGAUUCUUAGUAACACUCAAGAUAAUUCCACGAGAAGCAGUGGUGAUUCUUAUAACAAUACUGAAAAUGCGGGUCAAAGAAAAAAAGUGAACUUUAGUGAACAGGAAGAUGGUGAAGAAUCAAAAUCAAAACAACUUAUGUUUCAGAAUCCUUCUCUAACAAGGAAUGAUCGACCAAAUAGAUCUUUAUCAUCAUUACCAACGACACCAAAAGAGAUUAACUAUGGAAGUUACCCACUAAUGAAAAGACAUAAAACUGGUUCCGUACCUAAAUUCAGUCUAAGAACGCAUAAAUCACAUGAUCAAAUAAAACAAAGACAGAUACCACGUUCAUUACAAUCACAUCGUCAUGUCGAAUCAGCAUAUCGAACAUUAGAAAUAUUUAAAAUCUUAUCUAGUAGUCAUGACGAUUGGGAUCUUUAUUCAGAAAAACAAAAUACAAAGAUUUAUAUGAAAAAUUCACGUGACUCAUCACCAUCUUUAGUACGUGGUGAAACGAUUAUUAAAGGAGGAUUUACACCUGAAGAUAUUUUAUCAAUUAUUAAAAGUCUGGAUUUGAAAAAAUAUUGGGAUGAUCGAUAUGAUGAAGGAGAAAGAAUAGAGAUACUUGGAAAUGGUGAUAUACUCUCAAGAGUUUCUAUGAAAGGAACAUUUCCAAUUUGUGGAAGAGAUUUAGCAAUUGUAACUAGAAAUGAAAAAGAUCCAGAAACAGGUAUUAUUUGGUCUGCAUCUUCAUCAGUGGUUGAUCCAUUAAUUCCAGAAGAUAAAAAUCGGGUUCGAGCAAAUUUAGAACUUGCAGGAUGGAAACUUCGACCUAUUUUUGAUGAAUCUAUUCAAGAAUAUGCGGUAGAAGUGAUUUAUAUUGUUGACAUUGAUAUAAAAUUUGAUACAGUUCCUGUCUCAAUACUUAAGACAAUAUCAUCACAAACACCAAUGUGUGUAGCAAGAAUUGAUGAAUUAUUAAAUAAAAUAGGUCAUCCACCAUAUGUAAUAAAAACAUCAGGAGAAAUUCUUUCAGAAGAAUUAAACACUAUAACUUAUCAAUAUGAUCUUAAAAUAGGUUCAAUUAAUAGUGGGAGUAUAACAGAAAUUAAAACAUCAAAUAUAAUGCAUCAUGGAUUUAAUAUAAGCGUUAUACCUGAAAAUUCAAAAGUUGAAGUAUUAUCUCAUAAUAAAAAUAUUAUACGAAUAACUUUACCUAAUGUAAAAGUUCUAACUUUGGAUAUUAAAAUUACAAGAAGUACUUCAGGAGGAGGUACUUUUAAUGGACAAAGUAUUCCUGUCGUUUCCUCGGAACUUAUUGAAGAAAUAAUAUUAUCGAAACCUAUAAUAUCCAUUGAUCCUAUGGAGAAAUAUGUUCCAGAAUUUGAUUUCCGUGAUCAACCAAAAAUAGUAGACGAAAAGGACCAGGAAUCUUCACCGAAAUAUAUUCCACAAUCCAUAAACACUGAAACCACACCAAGAUAUAUUCCAGAAUAUAAUUUCAUCGAAAACGUUAUACCAUCAAAUAGUAACGAAGUUGAUUCAACUGAAAACGAAAAUGACCAAGAGUCUUCACCGAAAUAUAUUCCACAAUUCAUAAACACUAAAACCACAUCAAGAUAUAUUCCAGAAUAUGAUUUCAUCCACAACGUUAUCUCAUCAAAUAAUAAACGAGAUUCUUCAAUUCCUUCUUCUUCUACGACAAGAAGUUCUCGUAGAAUAUCUUCACGUAUUACUAGAAUUGGAAUAAAUCUUAGUGAUUAUAAUGAAAUUAGUUUUACUCCACAAGAAACUGCUUUAAUGUUUUUCUUUAUGAUGGUUUCUUAUUAUGCAGGAAAAUUUAAUGGAUUUGGAUGUGAUUCGAAAUAA